AUCGUGAUCCAGCAUACCAGGAGCUUGCACGGUCAUUUCUUGAUGAGAAUGUCCUCGAAGUGGCCCAAAUGAGAAGUCGUCAAGGAGAAGCUACUAUCUACCAUAACCGUCAUCCACACAAGGCCAAGCAAUCUCUUGUUCGAAUUGCUUGCGAGUAUAAUCUGCUCAAUCUUCUUGAAGACAUCAAUACAUUUGUGUCUUCCUUCAAGGAAACUCGACCGCAACAUAUGCUAUUUACAGACACAAUUGUAGAUGUGUGGCAGAAUUGUCGUAUUCACCUGCCUUCGGUGCAGGAUGAGGAGGUUGAAGCGGCAGUCCGCACAGUACAAGCAUUGCCGCCUGGAAAGGAGCUUCCUGAAGGCCGUGGUAGUUGUGUACUUGUCAUAGAGAGUGAGGAAGUGCAAAGUGCUGGUCUUACAGGCAUCCUACACCGCCCAAAUCAAAGAUUUUCAUCUUCAUCUGAUAAUAUGGCCCGACAAGCAAAAUCAAAGGCUCGUUUGACAAGAGCUCAGCGUGAGGAGAUGGAGGAAAAGGUCAAGCAAGCGAAAUUACUUCUCUUAAAGCGUCGUAAUAAGCUUGCUGAGGGGUCAACAAGCAUUCGAAAGGUUGCAGAAGAGAUGGAUGUGCCAUGGACAACACUUCGAGAUGCCAUGAGACCUGGACAUCGCACAAUAGGCGAAGUAUCCCGGGGGAGGACCCUUCUCUCACAGGACCAAGAGAAAUGGCUAGUCCAAUAUAUACUCGACAUGGCAGAUAGGAACCUUAGUCUUGAUAAUGAUGGGUUGAAGAGCCUAGCAAACCGUCUAAUUCGUGCCAAGCGCCCAGGCUUCAAAGGUGUGGGGAAAUGCUGGGUCAAUAACUUCAAGGAUCGGCACGCAAAUGAGAUAUCCUCACACUGGAGUCGCCCAAUGGAUGAUAUUCGAUCUCGAUCAGCCAAUCCAGAGGUAGUUAAGGGGUUCUUUGAGGUACGGAGGAGGUUGAUGGAGCAGUAUGGUAUUUCAGCCGAAAGGGACUUUGCAGCUGAUGAAUCUGGGGUGCAACAAGCUCUACAAACUCGACAAAGAUUAAUAACUCGAAAAGGUGCAAAAGUUGUACGCCGAAAUCGCCCAGCAGACCGUGCCAAUACAACCUUCCUCCCAAUUAUCUGUGCUGACGGGACAGUUCCAAAGUAUAUGGUCAUUUUUGCUGCAAAGAACAAGAGAAUCGAAUGGAUAAAUGACAUUCCACCUGAAGCCGAGGUGACAAUAUCUGACAAUGGAUGGAUGACGCGUGAUCUGGGAUUGCAAUUUAUCCAAAUAUUUGACAAAUCGACAGAGGAUUUAGCUCAGGGUGGUGGUUAUCGAAUGCUUACUAUGGAUAACCAUGGAUCCCACAUGUCACUUGAGAAAGCAUGGACAGCUGCCGUGCAUGCCUAUUCAAUGCGAACAGGGCUCGCACUGACCAAAUCAUCCUUUAUUUUGGUCCUAGAUACGGCCAUGAAAAAGAGUUUUACAAAGGAGAACAUACAGAUGGCAUUUAAGAAGACCGGCCUUCGCCCAUUCAACCCGGAUAUCAUCACACCCCAGAUGCUUGCUCCCUCACAAGUCACCUCAAUUCAGCACACAUUCCCAUUCUCCCAACCAACUCCAGUUCGAAAGAUCGCUCAGGAAUUUCGUAAUCAGCGAGAGCAGGCUACAGCCACCAUUGCUAUGCCCCCACCACCAAACCUCAUCACACCCCUCCCAGCAAUGGCUCUGCCUAUGCCAUCACUAACUACCCCUGUUAGACAUGCAUUACAUGAUGUCAGCAAUGGCGAAUACAAUAUGCAACUAAAUUCCUCACCGGCGGCCCAUUUUGCUCAGCAGGGUGCUGAAGUCACGACCGAGCCAUACCACCCCAGAAACUUCAAUAACAUCCUCUCCUCUGUGCUCCCUCCAUCGGUAGAUGAGUGGGACAUAAUGAGGGGGUAUAUCAAGGAGCUGCAAAGCAAACAUGACGUCCUCCUUGCCGUGACCGUCGUUCAAGAUGUCCACUAUGGCCAGAUGAAGAGUCAGCUCUAUCACAAAAACCAACAGCAGAGGAAGAAAUCGAAUAAGGAAAAGUUGUACUAUACCGAGGAAGGCAGGGAAUAUACCGGUGAUGUGUUCUACCAGGCCGCGCUGGAUGAUGAGGCCAAU